UCGUGUGCCCAGGACCCGCAUCCCUUCUUUGCAAUGAUGUAAGAAUGAGGAUUCGCCAGUGAGCGCAAGAUCUCACGCCGCAAACCGGCCAGCGCACGGCCCAGCGGGGAGUGGGGGGGGGCUUCCUGUGCCACUAACCAACGGCGCCCGCCGCUAAAUGACCUGCUUCCCUGCGCUGCUUGAGGAACAAUUAAAAACAGAAACCAAAAAAAUAAAAAUAAAAAAUACGUGUAGAGGAAAUUGUAGACCAGACACGCAAUUCAAAGUGAGCGAAAAUCAAAGAAUGCUUCAUUUCUCAACUGAUAUUACAGCGUGCGUUACUUUUCUAAUCUUCUUCGCCAUUCACGCAUGUAUAGCGCUCCAGAGAUGUGGAAACCUUCAGUGCGGCGAGGGACAGCAGUGCUGUGCGCAAGGUAACGCCAGUAGCACCCCCCGAUGCUGCAAGUUCUCACGGCACACGUUUCUCGACAACCUCAGACUGAUAACAAGCAAACUGUGGGGAAUCCUGAUUUUGCUGUUCCUCUUCGCCAUGGGCUACUUAAUCCAGCGCAUCAUCUGCCCAAAACCCCGCAGGCAUCACGAGAGGCAGGAAGAGCCGACGCUGUUCAGCAGAAGCGCAACGGCGUCCCAGGACUCGCUGCUGGAUCGCAUGCCAGAGUACCGGCCUGGGGACUUAACCUCACCGGUGCUGCAGCUGCCGGCGUACGACGAGGUGAAGUACUUGCCGACGUACGAGGAAACCAUGAAAGAAGCGGACCGAGACCGAUCCAGUGACAAUUUACUAGUUUCAUCGGAAGAACAGGUACCCACAGCGCGGCCAGGGCGGAGAGGACAGGAGCCGAAAACGUUAAACAUUGCUAGGACACCCUGGAAUACCGUCUGACGAAAUGUCACUUUAUAUGAAUAUAGGUUGUUUAUUUUACGAUAAGUAUAUUUUUUAAACUUUUAUGUGCUAUAUGAAGUUGAAUGUUAAAAUUGUGAGAAAUACUUUGCUUUGUCGUUAACCGUGUGUAUUUUUUCCACAAAAGCUGGGGACAACUUGUUUUAUAUGUAACUUUAAGAUUUAAACAGGAAAUAAAGGACUAACCGCUCAGAAAGAAGCAACUCUUAAAUUUCCAUCGUGCGUAAAACUCACAAUAAUGUAACUGUAGUUCUGCUUCAAAAUUUUAAUGCACCUACUCUUGAUAAAUACGAAAUCAAUGUCUCUUACAUUACAUAUCGAAUAAAUCCAGUGUUGUUUUUUAUUAGUUUCUCCUGGGAGUAAGAUUUCUGCACUGAGCAUCUGUGUGGAAAGGCAGCGUUAGAUUCGCGUCGCGGUGAAAGUGUCUAUUCCACCUUGAUUAUCUGACUGAGAGGAGAGAGGAAUUCGUUCACACGGGCUCUAUGCAAAACUCGAGUUUGUGGGGUGCACUACGCUGUCACAUUCGGACCCAUCUGUCCAUGCACCGAAAAGAAAAUGUUGUGAGGGCAAGGUUUACAUUUUAGUCGCUUUCUGUGCGCUCUAAAAUAGGGGACUGCACAAAGCCGAUUGACCAAGUGUGGUGCAGGUGACUCCAUUAAAAAGAGGUAAAAUAGGCUCGUUCCAUGGAUGCGGAAAUUAAUCCUUAACCUUAUGAUAGUAGUCUAGUGGAGCGUCACAGCACUCGACUGUCUGGCAUAACAUCUGCCUGUUCCCAACUCAGCAUAUAAUCAAUGGUUUACAACUAAAUACAUUACAAAUUCUCCAAAUGGGUAACUGCAUCGUUUAUACUAUAAAAUGGUUUUAGUAUUUAUGAGUAUGUAAAGUUGUAAUGGAUUAAUAUUAAACACACGUACAUCUAAAACCAAAGGUGGCUUUCGUAAUUCCAUGUUGCCAUUAUGUCUUUUCAAAAGCAACCUGCAUGCUGAACACUUUUGUAAGCUGGACCAGACCGGUCUGGAUAGAGUUUAGCAAACACCCGGCUGUUCAUUUGCUGUGAAAGCAGACAGGAGGAGAAGUCCCACAGAGGAAAGCUGGAUAGCUUCUGAGUGGCAAAAAAUAUACCUGCGGUACUCAUGCAGUCCAAUAUCUGAGCUAGUUAGAGUUGGGCGCCUGGUUCUCUAAAUCUCAUCAAGGU